CCUGACUUCUUCAAGUACCCCUCAGACAAGAUCGAGCGCUUCCGCGACGUGCAGUUAGACGUCGCCAGCAUCAAUGAGGCCAAACGAAUGCUGUUACAGUUGCUCCUGUGUUUGAAUGGCCGUUACUCCUCAAAGGACGUGGGCAUCGGUGCGCUCAACCUCGUUUACGGCAUGAAAGGCUUCUCGAUGAAAGAACAGGUGAAGCAGAAUUGGACAACAACCAUGUACAAGCGCUUGUUUUGCGCCAUCGGGCACGUCAAGUCGAGGAUGGGGAGGUCACCAGUCCCGAAGUGGGCUCAGUGGUUCGCGCGCUCGCUGGACAAAGGUGCUGCAGAACCCGACGAGCCCGAUGCAGAGACCGCUGAGCCCGCUGCAGGACCAGCUGAGCCCGCAGCAGGACCAGCAGAUGAUUUCGAUGACGAUUCGGAUGACGCUCCUGUCAUGAAGCGGCCUGCCAUGAAGAGGCCCGCGGCAGCAGACGACCCUGUGUUGAAAAAGCCAGCCGCGGCCGUCGGAGACGGAGACGACGCCGAGGAGAUCAAGGGCACCACAGCUCGUCCAGCGACUAUUGAGAAGCAGGAGAUUGAGACGACGAUCGAUGAAGAGAGCAGGCCGGUUGUGAAAAGGAAGCAGCAACACAUCGACGAGAUCCCCGACUCGAUCUUCCGUUCCAUGGAUUUCGAUGACGGCCCUGAAGCAGCUCCACCAGUGACGCCAGAUCCGAAACCCAAGAAGGUCAAGCAGGAUCCCGAGGCACCUCGCUGCUCGCCACCACCAGCGCCAGCGACUUCAACGCCGCCCACAGCUACGGGAUCCACGUUGCAAGAGCAGCCUGGCGCAAGAGUUGCAGCUGGCGCGGUCACGGCGGAGCCUGAGCAGAUCGAACCAACGUACGAGAUUGGCUGGGACGAGAACAGGCUCGAGGCGUGGUCGAGGAAGCUCCGCGCCAGGGGGAAGCCGUACGCUGCGGAGUUCAGCGACACCCUCCAAGCGUUCGACGAUGGCGCCGUGUGGGCCAAGUUCGGCAGCUGCGGCUGGAAGAAGAUCGACGCUCUCAAGCCUGGUGACCUCCAGUUCAUCGAGGCAAAGAGGAAGGAGAAGCUGCAGAAGUGCAAGGGGAAGGCCAGGGACGCGUGCCAGUCGGGCGUGCACCCGAAGGACAAGAAUGAGAUCGAGGUCAAGAAAUACAAGGACAGGAAGUGGAUGUUCAAGCUGCAGUAUACAAAGUCCAAGCAGCAGAUCAUGAUGAUCAGCAUCGACGAGAAGCAGGGGCUCCCCGAGAAGAUGGCGCAGAAGGUGAUCAUCCAGUUGGCCGCCAGGUUCGAGGCGGGCGAGAUCGAGCAGGAGGACCUCUACGCGGAGCGCGACA